AUGAGCUCCAGUGAACAACCCAAGCCCUGCGUGCGUGUCAAUGGGCGUUCCGCAGCCCAGGUGCCGAAAAGGGAAGCUACAUACGCGUCAGUAGAGCAGUUGGAGCAGAAGAAUGCUGAAGCGAAGAAGCGAGAUUGGCAGCUGCGAGAUCGGAUUGAGAGCCUCGAGGAAACCGAAGCCAACGCAGAAGGUCAGCUGAAAUGGCUGAGGUCAGAGCUCGAUACUCGAAGUGACGAGCUCUCCGAGGCAAACCAGCAGCUUUCCUUGACAAAGGCAGACAAGGCCAGUUUCUUCUUCAUGCCUGAAAAGAUGACCGCACACCUCAAGGAGGUGAGCGAUGCUCUCCAAUCUUCGAAGCAGGAGCUCUCGAAAGCCCAAGCAGAAGCCAGUCCUCGGCUCCCUGCUCUGCUUGAGCUGUCCGUUCUAGCCAUGACUAGGCUGGAGGCGGCGCCCACUGCCGAGACCCUUGAGGUGGCAGCUGCGGCCCCUGCCAACUGA